AUGCAUUUCUACGUACUUACCAAUAUUUCAGUUUUAAUUUGUCUAUCUUAUGUUUAUUCACAAAUACUUUACGAGUGUAAUUUUGACAAUACUACACUAGAAGAACAUUGUUUCACUACAGAUGUCUUAAUUCUCUCAGACUUUGCCUUACUCGAUAAUCAACCGCUAAAUGGUCCAUCUUCUGAUGUAACAUCGAUUUCAAAACCAACAAAUGAUGGAAGAGUAUGUAAUUUACCGUACAACGUACGUAAUUACACUUGGGAUAUGUACUUUUGCUACAAAGGUUAUUGUCCAACAGCAAUCAGUGCAAAUAGUAAAUGUGUAUCAGGACAAUAUGUUAGAAUACAGUUGUCUGAUAAUAAAAUACAAUCUUUCCAAUUGAAGACUGAACCGAAUGGUAUUAAUGGUAUAAAUGAACAAUAUCUUAUUUAUUAUUAUUAUAUGCCAAUUAUUGGUGAAAAGAGCAUUACAAUACGUAAAGAAGAAGCGGGUAGUAGAAAUGAGACAAUUGACUAUGUUACAAGUAGUCCAUUUAAUGGAUGGAUCAAACGUGGAAUACUAUUCAAUGCAACAAUACCUGGCUAUAAACUCUAUUUUGAUGUACAGAAAACAUCAUCAGAAUCCUCUGUAAUUGAUAUUGGAUUGGAUGAAAUAUCAAUUCGACAAUGCAGUCUUGGUGAUCAACAUAUGACUACCGAUACUUUAACAACAACAGCUACGGAUACUUUAGCAGCAAUAACUACCGACACUUUGACAACAAUAACGACUCCAAUUACUGACAUUGAUAGUAGUUCCUCCGUUCAAAUGAUGCAUACAUCAAUGCUGAUUGGACCUGAUAUGUCAACAACUGAAAAGCUCGAAAUCGUAGAAACAGAAACUCUUUCUUUAACAGCAUUCAGUUCAAAUCAAUUCCUGUACGAAUGCAACUUCGAUGAUGCUUCUGUAAUUGACAAUUGUUUCACACCAGGAACAGUGGCUCUUUCACAUGUAGCAGAUCCGACUACCAUAUCACCAAGCGGACCUUUAUCAGAUGUGACCUCAAGCUGUAAAAAAAUUUAUAUUUCAGCAUUUCUUCUAGAAGUAUUAAAUAUUCAUGUCUAUUUAGUGAAGCCGACAAAUAAUGGAGAAUUAUGCAAAUUGCCCUAUCGUAUUGGCUCAAACAAUUGGGGCAUGUAUUUUUGCAACAAAGGUUAUUGUCCAACAGAAAAUAGUUUAAAUAGUACAUGUAAAUCAGGCAAAUUUGCUUCUAUAUCAUUACUAAAUAAUGAUAAAAAAUCCUUUCAACUUAAAACUGCAUCUGGUGGAAUCAGUGGUAUUGGUCAGCAAUGUCUUAUUUAUUACUAUUACCUGGGUAGUGCAACCGAGAAUAUUAUCACCAUAAUUAAGAACGAAACGAAUGGUCUAACGGAUAGCAUUGAUUCUGUUUCAUCAAGUCUGCUCAAUGGAUGGAUAAGACGUGAAGUAUCUUUCAAUGCUGUAGCAUCUGGUUAUAAAAUAUAUUUUGAAGUACAAAGAAGAUCUGGAGUUCAAGGACCUUAUGUUGGAUUCGACGAAAUUUCAAUUCGUCAAGGCAGUUGUGAUGAUACACCGGUUAUUAAUGAUUCAACGACGACAAAAACAUCGGAUGUUUCGAGCAGUUUUGAUAGUGUUUUUAUAACUACCGAAGAAACAACAAUAAAAACAACAACAACAGUUACAACACUACCAAGAACAAUAUCAACAGCAAUAACAGCCGCACCAAUAACAGGCGCAACAAUACCAACAACAAUAUCAACAAUAUCAACAAUAAUAGCAGCCGCAACAAUACCAACAAUAAUAACAACAACAAUAUCAACCGUCGAACUGUCGGUAACUACAGCUUUAACAGUACCUACGACUACACUUGCUGACAACGUAGCUGCUCCUAAUAAGAAAACUAUAAUUAUCAUUUUGGCUACUGUCAUUCCUGUUGCUUCAAUUGGAUGGGCUAUCCUGAUUAUAUGGUUGAAAAAGACAACUUUCAAACCUCAUCAUCGUCGUUCAAAGAAACGAAAACGUGUAUCAAAAACUUUUUUAGAAAUGAAUCGUGUUUUACCUGCUUAA